UUAGAUUGUGCUGAAUAUGAUCUCGCCUGUCCUCUUACCGCUAUAAUAUUCUGUCGGAGAACAGGUGCGUAUGAAGACCUGCGUAGCAUCAUCCGUUUUUAAACGAAUGGGAAAAUUCAUGAAGCCUGUUCACCGGGUUUACUGCGCCACAACCGGGCACAUAUCACAUCAAGGUGUCUGAACAGGUACCAUGAGUGUUAUUACCGGACGGACAAUAUUUCAGAUGGACUGUAACUUAGCUGCCGUUUUGAGACGCAGUGCUUGCGUUUGCAGGAGCGACUGAUUCAGUUAUCUAGCCGCUAUAAUUGUACGUUAGGUCAUGUUGUCUGCGCUCAACACGUUGCCCGAGAGCAAAGCUGGAGCAGGUCACUGAUUCACUCCAUCCAUGAUUUAGGAUGACGCCUCUUGGUCAAACCUGCUCGGUCUCCUCUCUGUUUCCUCCCCCCACCUCCAGAGUUCAGACACCUCAUCAGCAGACUGAGCACUCCUGAGCGCUCUCUGCUACCCUCCCAGUUUGGCUGGCUGGCUGACAUCCCAGGGAGGUGAUGCGACGGUUCGUCUACUGCAAGGUGGUUUUGACCACCUCUUUAGUGUGGGUGCUGGUGGAUGUGUUCUUGCUGCUCUACUUCAGCGAGUGUAACAAAUGUGACGACAGGAAGGACCGCUCACUGCUCCCCGCCCUCCGAGCGGUGAUAUCACGGAGCCAUGAGGGUCCAGGUGAAAUGGGCAAGGCAGUGAACAUCCCCAAGGAGGACCAGGAGAAAAUGAAGGAGCUCUUUAAGAUUAACCAGUUCAAUUUGAUGGCCAGUGACAUGAUUGCACUCAACAGGAGUCUGCCGGAUGUAAGGUUGGAUGGCUGUAAGACCAAGGUGUACCCAGACGACCUGCCAAACACCAGCAUCGUCAUCGUGUUUCACAACGAGGCAUGGAGCACCCUGCUGCGGACCGUCCACAGCGUCAUUAACCGCUCUCCCAGACACUUAUUAGUGGAAAUCGUGCUAGUGGACGAUUACAGCGAGCGAGACUUCCUGAGGAAAAAGUUAGAGAACUAUGCGCGGACUCUGGAGGUGCCUAUGAAGAUCCUGAGGAUGGAGCAGCGUUCAGGUCUCAUCAGAGCCAGGUUGAGGGGGGCAGCUGCCACAAAAGGUCAGGUCAUCACCUUCCUGGACGCUCACUGCGAAUGCACCAUCGGCUGGCUGGAGCCCCUGCUGGCUCGCAUCAAAGAGGACAGGACAGCAGUGGUGUGCCCUAUCAUCGAUGUCAUCAGCGACGAGACGUUUGAAUACAUGGCAGGCUCAGAUAUGACUUACGGUGGAUUCAACUGGAAGCUGAAUUUCCGCUGGUACCCUGUUCCCCAGCGGGAGAUGGAUCGACGCAAGGGUGACAGAACACUUCCUGUCAGGACCCCCACCAUGGCAGGAGGAUUAUUCUCUAUAGACAAAACAUACUUUGAAGAAAUAGGAAGCUACGAUCCAGGGAUGGAUAUCUGGGGCGGAGAGAACCUGGAAAUGUCUUUCAGAAUCUGGCAGUGUGGCGGCUCUUUGGAGAUCGUUACAUGUUCCCACGUUGGCCAUGUUUUCCGGAAGGCCACCCCAUACAGCUUCCCUGGAGGAACGGGCCAAGUCAUCAACAAGAACAACAGGCGGCUGGCCGAAGUCUGGAUGGAUGACUUCAAAGAUUUCUUUUAUAUCAUCUCACCAGGAGUGAUGCGGGUGGACUAUGGAGACAUUUCUUCCCGUAAAGCCCUCCGCGAGGCCUUGAAGUGCAAACCGUUUUCCUGGUAUCUAGAGAACAUCUACCCAGACUCCCAGAUCCCAAGAAGAUACUACUCACUUGGUGAAAUCAGGAAUGUUGAGACCAACCAGUGCGUUGACAACAUGGGACGAAAGGAGAACGAGAAAGUUGGCUUUUUCAACUGUCACGGCAUGGGUGGAAACCAGGUGUUCUCAUACACGGCGGACAAAGAAAUUAGGACAGAUGACCUCUGUUUGGACGUUUCCCGCCUCAACGGGCCUGUCGUCAUGCUCAAGUGUCACCACAUGAAGGGCAAUCAGAUGUUUGAGUACGAUGCCGAGAAGCACACCUUUCUCCACAUCAUCACCCAAUCAUGUCUGACCAUCAGCCGCCUCGAGGACGGCACCUACGGCCCCACUGUGGAGUAUUGUAACAACAGUCCCAUUCAGGCCUGGAUCCUCCACAACUACACGCGCCUGGAGGUCGCUAGACACCUUUACUACAGUCCCACUGAUUAUUUUCUCUAAGCUCCCGUGCGCUCUGGAGGGCUAUAGGGCCUGAGGUGAGCAGGAAGAAGGCAUGAAGACCAGAGCAGAGGCACAUCAAGCAAUGACAGAUGUCCCAUCAAGAUGGCUCUGUGUAUAGGAUGCUAUCAGCAAGACCUUUAGCCAGUCUUCAUGCUGAAUUAGAUCUCAUUUGGCAUUUGUUUUCUAACUAUAAAUAUUGUAUUUUGAUGUGAAAAUCCACUGGCUGUGCUCUGAUCCGCCAGGGAAUGGCGAGUGAUGCCUGAGAUGGAGGAGAACGUGUUUAUUUUUAGCUUAUUAUCUACGUGCAUGGCUGAUUGAAAUGGGCUUGCCAUUGUUUACAAGUUCUUUUGAAGUGAUCAUUCAUUGUGAACCCACCUUUUGUGAACCUGGCCUCUCACGCCACUCUCUCAUUGGCCUGAAGCAGCUGUGUACACUGUGUGCCAUGUACAUAUUGUAGCACAAAUGAAUCCCAAUCAUCAGUGCUUUUCACCAUUCUGCCUGCUUAUUUACAUACUUUUGUAAAGACUGUUUUUUUUUUGGCUCAGCAUUUCUGUCCGCUUCAAGUUAUUCAUUUUCUGUGCGGCCAAUUCUGUUCUGCUGAGUUAUCUGGAGUUUGCACCUCUGAGUCCUGUACUGUUGUAUCUUUCAAAAAGCUAACGAUCAAUUUCACUGUAGCAUGCCAGAGUUUUUGUGUCCAAGCAGGGUAAAUUGGGUAAGAAGGCGCUGGUGUGUGUCAGAAUUGCGGCAGUGAAGUGACCUGCUGUUAGAUGGCCUGAUUUGCUGUUUCACAUUCAGAGUUCCUUGUGGCAUAGCCAGCACAAGAUGAGAGCAUAUACACUAGUGUAGGGCACCAUUAGAGCAAAUGAGACUGUUGCCUGACUCUUUCCUGAGACAAAAGGAAUCUGCUGUUUUUAUAUUCCCCACAAAGCGGCUCAGCCCUCCAGAUCCCCUCCUAGAGUCAUCACAAGCACACGUUGAAAGGGAAGUCUGUGCCUUUCAGCGAGUCCAGUGUGCUGCCUGGUGACAGGGAGGAUAAUGUUCCUCAACCAGGGCUUAUGGUUAGAAACCGUCUUCAUUUAAUUAGCUGGUCUCAGCUGUGCAUACACUCAACGACUUGCUCUGGAGACACUGGUUGGUUUGCAGGGAGGCUGAGAUGGGAGUUUUCUCUGCCUCAAAGGAGGCAUGAAAUAAUUAUGAGCAAAGGACAGGACCUCCACAUUUCUAGUAUUUUCAUAAAAUGUGGAACGGUUUUUCUACACUCCGCCGUUAUACUCCUCUUCUAUCAUCUCUGCCACUAGAGUGGGUUUGGAUCUUUGAAUGAAAGAAAAAAUAUUGUUCUCAUUAUUGCCAAAGCUGGGUUCUUAGGAUUUAUAGAUUUGGUCCACACCCGUUCAGAGAAGCUCUUUGCAUGAAUAUACCUUUUAAAGAAAAGUAUUUGUUGAUUUUACUGCUUCUCAUUUGCACAUUCUACAAAAAUUUAUUUUAAACCAUCACCUUAUUUCUUUAACGGUCUAGAUUAAAUGAAAUUUUGGAUUUUCUUUACUUACCCUUAACACAGAGGAAGGAGAACUAUACAGAAGCACUACCUAAGUUGUAGCUGCUGGUGAAAAAGGAGUUAUUUUUUUAAUAAAGCAAGAAAAGUCAAAUGUCUCUUGUGUUGAGCUACCUUAUUGUUCUUUUCUUUAGUUUUUUGGCAGGUGUGUAAGGUCGUACGCUGCCUGCUCUCUUUGUUCUUGCUCUGUUUGAACAAAUGUGCCCUGUAGGGUGGUCUGUGCACUUCAGGAAAGGUGUGUGUGUGUGUGUGUGUGUGUGCGCGUGCAUGCACUUCUUUGUAUCUAGGCAGAGAAUGUCAGGUCCUUGUGUUUUAUAGCUUAAGAUCAAACAUGGCCUGAGCGUCUCUGUGUGCUCAUUAGUCUGAAUAUCCUCUGUCAACAGUCAAAGCACAAUCUCCUUUUAAUGAAGAAUUAUCCCUUGACCACAGGAUAAAAAAAAUCAUGCCAAUGCACAUGUUUUAGUGCCACAUGUGAAGUAAAUUGUGGUUUGUAGUUGUUAACAUGUAUUUUCUUUCAUGUGUGCUGUGCUGUUUAGCAUGAAAAUCGCUUCCAAGAUAACAGGCUGCAGAACUCUGAAGCAGGUUUUCUUUUGAACAUCUUUACGUUUACAGACAGAGCUACAUGAUGUCUUAGUAGCACCUAACAUAAACAUCAUUUUAUAUUUAACAUAAUUUUUCCAAUUUCUGUCAUGGCAUUGUUUUCCUCAGCAGAGGCACUGCAAGUCCUCCACUUCACUGCAUGUGAUCAUUAGGCCAAGAAAAGCAACUCAAGGGAGGAAUGAAAUUGCGGAAACGUGUUACUUCUGAGGGAAUGAACAUAAAUGGUCAAUCAAGGCCAUUGAGAGCUUUCCUCCAGUUGUUAGCGGGUGGUCUUUAGAGUAUAUGUGGCAGAUAGCCACAGAUUUUUGUUGUACAUGCUCAUGCAGUGUUUAAAUUCAGCUCAUCACAACAGGUGUGUGUGUUUUUUUUGUGUCUGGACAUUUUAAAAGCACUUCUGGCACUUCCAUGUGACAGAGCUGUACACAGAUAGGACUGACAGCGAAGAGGGGACAAUAUGUUGAGUGGAGCAGGAGAUACAUUCAAGGUCAUAUUGUUGUGAGGACACAGUAUGCUACUGCAGAGUAAACUCCAAAAAUAAUGAGGAUGUUUGAGGACAGAACCAUUUAUGGAAUAAAAAUGACUCCCAUGAUCUGUGACAGUUAAACCCAUGUUUAUUAAUCAUCAAACAUAUGGCUGAAACAGUUAUUAUCACAUGAUAGAUUGAUGUAUCCCUUGACUGAAAAUUAAUCAUUUCACAUUUUGAUAGGGCCUCAUCAAUAAUAGGACAUUUUCACAGCAGAUGUUUUGACUUGUCAUAGUAGGAAAAGCACAGGUGUUACUAAUAACGUCAAUGACGGCUCUGCUCUAUUGAAGAGUCUCAGUAAGCCUUGACAGUGUGACAGCGAGCCAGCAUGCACAAUAUCAGGACCCUGAAA